AUGUUGCAGCUUCGUAGUUCAACGUUCCAGAAGUUCUUAAUUUGGACCUUCGUUCUUCUUCUGCUCAACUUACAUGUCAACGCACAAAACAAGUUUGAAUUAACAAAAAAACUAAACUGCCGAAAAUUUAUAUUUGCUCCAAGAUGCCGGGGCGUUGCGGCCAAAAGAAGUGUAGCCAUCGCAACCUCUUACCCGCCUGUGAGCCGCCAAAUGGCUGACGAACGUCAAUCACUCUCUCUCUUUCUUUAUUUCUCCCCCCCUCUCUCUCUCUCUCUCUCUCUCUCUCUCUCUUUGGGAUCAGGUGUGCACUUGUGGCGUGCACCUGCAUUUGCACCCGGCAACGCAUUUAGCGGCCAACAUGGCGGAGACACUGCUGUCAAUUUUCUUUUCCUGGCCAUUAAUUUCCUCGCUAAGACAAACUCGGCGCCAUCAUGCCGAGAGGGUCAUCCCGGGUGUCCAGAUGUGACAGAGUGCACAUCGUGUAAGAAGAGGACGAUUAGCUCGUUGCUAAUUGCCGACAAGCACAUCCCACCAGCGCCCAACGGGUGUGUGACGUGCAUAUUAAAAAUCAUUGACGUGGUCAGAGACACAAAUUAUACAAAUGGCAAAACCUUCAGCGUCGUGCGCAUGCGCAGAAUGUUGAGACUUGAAGUGCCCGGCGCACGCGCAGAAGAGAAAGAAAAAGGCGAGCAUAUUUGUCGGAUAAACAAUCUAUCGGCCCGUCUCCAUCACUCUCUUAAUGUCGGGAUUCGUUUCAUCUCUCUAUACGUUCGUUUGUUUCACAGUCUUUCUCUAUCUUCCCCCUUUCUCUCUCUCUCUCUCUCUCUUCUCCACAUGGACACAAACACUUACUGUACAUAG